AUGUAACAACCAACUCUCGUAUAUCCUCAUGACAGAUCGCUUGCUGGCGAUGACACGGCGUGUGUUUCACCGCUUCACGUAGAGCCAUCGUGAACCUUAGAGUUCGUACUGUGCACAACCUAUUCUUUUUGUAAGCCCUGAGGUUGCGGUUCAGUGACUUAUUAUUUUUAUCAAUCUAUGCCAUUGCCCGCCGUGGGUUAGGUUUCCUCUUCGUGCAGUGUGUGUGGGUCUAUGCGAUAAGAGGGGUGUUGGUUGUGAGGGAAAAAAGUUUCUCAUCGAAUUCUCAUCAGACGCUGACAGUCUCUGUGAAUUGGCUCCUGGAUAACUGAACAGGCGUGAUUAAGGGUAGCUUUUCGAACUAGGCUACACGGAACCAGUCUACCAUCGCCAUGGCUGAGACGGAGGAGAUGUUUGGCAACCGAUUAGCUGAGACAGUCACACAGGGUUUUCUGUGCCUUGCCUUGUCAUUGGGACACAAGACUGGCUUGUUCGAGGCUAUGGCUGGGUUCGAUGAACCAAAGAGUGCCAAGGAAAUAGCAAAUGCGGCUGGUUUGAAAGAAAGAUAUGUACGUGAAUGGCUCGGUGCUAUGGUAUCUGGCUGUAUUGUCGAAGUGGACGAGGAAACUAGCGAACUAUUUCUUCUUCCGCCACAUCGAAGACCCGCUGUGACGCGGCUUGGAGACAUAAUAGACUGGUCAAUGGUCGCUCAAGGAUUGCCUAUGAUUUCUGGUGUCUACGAGAAAGUAAUUGAAUGCACGAAGACAUCUGGGCCGCCUGGAAUUACUGGUGGUGACUAUUCUCCAAGUUAUCAUCAAUGGAGGAAUCAAUGCUACGAUACUUUCGUCCAGGCAUCGUUACUGGAGGCUUUCAUACCGUCCAUCCCAGGCUUUGAAGCUAUUCUGGGGCAAGGCACCAACGUGCUAGAAAUCAACAACCACAAUGGAUCAGCGGCUCGUAAACUAGCCAGGGCGUUUCCAGAAAGUAGUUUUUUCCUCAGUAACAACCCUCGUAUGUCCAAAGAUGAAAAGAGCAAUUCUGGCGAUCCGCUGACCACUCCCAGCUCGCCUUACAAACAGUUCAAUCUCACUGUGGAGACUCAUGACCCAACUAACCUGCCCGCCGAUUGGUCCGGCAAAUUUGGCGUGGUGUUGGCCAUCCAGAAUAUCCGGGACACUCCUCGGCCUGACGUCAUCGUUCAAGAAGUCCAUCGAAUCUUAAAACCUGAGGGAUUGUUUGCAAUGAUGGAGAGCAAUAUGAAGUCUAGAAUCGCUGACAAUCGUGACAACCCUGCGUCAGUCUUUGUCUACACCUGUAGUCUGUUCAGUUCUCUUCCUCAAUCUUUGAGCGACGAGGCAGGCUUAGGACUGGGCGCUGCUUUCGGUCGGGAGUCCUUCAAACCAUUUCUAGAGAAAGCGGGCUUCAAAACGAUCACCCUUGUCCCAGUACCAGGGGAUCCCCUUGACCAGGUGACUUACGUGUGUAAGAAAUGAUUCCUUUUUUGUAGAUGAACAUUAAGAUAAAUCCACAGUUUUCUAACGCAGUUUUCUAACCUGACGAUUUACUAAAGAGGUUUUCUUAAUUGAUUUUUAAUAAUUGAUAAUCGAUUAAAGUGACAGCUGUAUGGCGAAAUGAAUUCCUUUCAAAAUGUAUCUCAAGGACAACAACUAAUCGGACUGAUGAUUGGAGAUUUUUUGGUUGAACUUUUCGCGUUCACGCUUAAUAAAUUGUUGGUAUAAGCGCCCUUUCCACUGAUGUAAAUUCUCAUAGGUAUUAAUCAUUUCCACUUGUGCUGUAUAUUGAAAAAAACACUGUCUUUCACGUGACCUAUACACCCACAGCUCAGGUUUGUGCCUGUCAAUUAUAAAUGUUAUAAUGCACCACUUGUUGAAGCCAGCCAAAGUAAAAAGAGAAGGCUGGUAUAAUGGAUUCUUUAUUUUGAGGUAACUUUAACAGAAUGUAAGUGAUUUCAAACUGUUCAAUUAAGAACACCAACGUUCCCUAUAAUUUGGGGAAAAUCGUUUCGUGAAAAAAUUGUCCACCUGAAUCUCAACGCUACUUCCCCGCAAAAGUAUCUGUACUUUGUCGUGUGAUUUCAGUGACGUAAUUUGUCAUACUUUAUCAGCAUGUGCAUGAAUCAAACAGAGAGACCUUAAAAUGUACAUGCCUGGACUUUAAACUCUUCGGUUAUAACAAAGAAACAGCUUUACCGAACUAUUGGAUUAUUAUGUCGUGUGCCAAAAUGUUUAAAGUGACCUGCUUUGGUCACGUGACGACUUCCCAUGUACAGAGGGAAACCAACUCUAUGUUUAUGACUAGAAAUAUCAAUACAUUAAUAAAAAAAAUUAUAAUUUUCUGUGAAGUUUGAUCGUAUACUUCGGUUAUACCACUUGUGAUGUCCUAAAUGAGACGCUUUGUCAACUCCGUGGAUGCUUCUUUUGUUAUUUAUCGGCAGACUGUUGUACAAAAUCAUCCAAAGAUGAAAGCAUUUUGUUUUGGAAAUAAUCUGUAAAAGGUGACUAUUAUCAUUUCAGUAUCAAAGUUUUGAUAAAGAUGGAGACAAAUCACACGAUCCUGUAAAAUAAAUUUAAUAAAAGUUGUAAUUCGUUGUGCAACAUUGCAGCCA